GAUAAUAAGCGUUUUCGUAAGCAGUGGUGUACACAAAGAUAUAGCAGCAUGUUACAAUACUGCAUGGAGAUGCCCCCUUGUAGAAGCUAUAGCAGCCGUUUCUAGCCUACCGUAGAUACGUAGAGUUUUUAGUGUGGGCGUAGGUGAGUGAAUCUCGUGAGUUUCGAUGACCUUUGUUGGAAUGGAUGGUAAUGCUUUUGUGUGCAAAUUGCAAAUCACGUUAUCACUGUGAAAGAGUCUGCUGCUUCAACGAUCUUCGGUCAUGUCGGAUAUUCAAGAUCAUUUCAACGUUCUCAUCGUUUGCGCUUUGGAGUCAGAGCUGCAGGCCGCCAAAGCAGUUCUAGAAAACGGAACGAACAGCAAGUUCGAACGCAAAUACACACAUCCCAGGAAUCUCAGCAGCCUCAACGUGAGAGUGUGUGAAGGAUGGAAUUCUACUGAGAUGAAGGUGGGCAUGGCCGCACAAACAGAGAUGGGAGGAAUUGAGUGUCAAAAGCUGCUCUCCAAACUCGCCAAAUACUUCACGGCUAACGUGUUGGUGAUGACGGGCAUUUGUGCCGGAGAUGAGAAUAAAUACGGUCACGUGGAGCACGACUGUGUUUUUGUUGCUACUCGAACGACAGUAGAGAGCGGUGGGAAAGUCACAGAAGGCGGCAUCUACCAACCAAGAGCACAAUACUGCGGACUUGACGGAGGGAUCCAUGCCUCUGUUAAUGAAUUGGUUAAUGGUCCCAGUGUCUGGUUAGAGUACAUUCCAGAAAAUGCUAUUCGCCCCAGUCCUAGUUAUCUUCAACAACUUAUCCUAGACAUUGUGUCCAAGAGUGGAGAGAACGGCAUUACCAAGAAGGACCUACUAGGCAAGUUGACAGACAUGAAAUUACCUGGAAUGACUACAAUGGGCGACUAUGACUCUGCAAUGAUCUAUGAUGGAGUUCUGGACAGCAUGCUACAACAGAAAUCUCCUUGGGUAUCUCGAACAGUAAAAUAUAGCUACAAUGCCACUGAUGAAGGAGAAAAGUAUUCAGCAGAUGAAUAUCCGUUUCCACGUGAAGAUAAGAUCAAAGCUAUCACUGAUUGCAUGGUCUCCAUACCACACGUCAAUUUGAACCUGAAGGCAGAGUUGAAGGCUAUAAAAGAACGCGUAGCUAGCAGAGAUGUUAAGGCAGUAGACAUGGAGGCUCACAUGUUUAUGGAACAAGCCAUAUUGACAUCUUUGCGAGACAGGGAGUACCGGGGAAAGCAAUUGUCAUGAAAGGCAUCGCUGACUAUGAAUCUAGUGAAAGCAGAGGAGACUACUUUCAGGUGUAUGCUGCCAGCACGUCUGCUGCCUUUCUAAGGCAUAUGAUGACAGUCAAACAACAUCUUUUUGUUGAUGAAGAAUAUCAAUGAUGAAAACUCAAGGCGGACAACCACAACAAGAUCCGCUGCCAGCUGUUCGUGUUAAGCCCAGUGGGACGUUGACACAAGGAUGUUCUGCAGCUGUGCCUCAAUUUGAGGCACUUAUUGACAAGUACGGUAUAGAGGAAGUCACUAAGGUCAUUAAAAACAAUGUGUCCGGCUCCUUCCUUGAUAUCGGACUGGGUCUUGGCUUAAAAUCGGACCAAAUAAGUCAACUGACCAAUCAUCAAUCCAGUGGAAGCGCUAGGCUUCAAGCCAUCAUCUCUGAAGUAGAAAAAUCUGAUGGCAAGAGACAGACGCUCAUCAGAGUUCUCUUGGUGUGCGCAGACUUGAAUGUCUUGGGCGGUAUUCGGGAUGACUUGCCCUACUAAGCUGGUGAUAUGAUUCACCCAACAUAAUGGUGUAGUUCGAUGACAAUGUUGUUGUGUGAUUUGUAGGGUAGCUUGAUAUUGUGCUGUCAGUAAUGGUUUAGCUAACUUGGUUUCAAAUUUCAAAUUUGUAUUCAUGCAUCUUUUUUGCUAUAGGUGCAAAGAAUUUGGCAAAAUUGAUUUAUAAUUUAAUUUAUUAACC